GCGCGCACGCACAGCUCGCUCGCUCCCAUUCACGCCGACUGGCUCUCCGCGGAGCCCUAGCCCGGGCAACAGAAACUACUGGACCAACUGCCGCCCGGACCGCAGGAGCGGCCCCGUGGCCCGGCGCGACCCGCCGCCGGCCCCUGCGCCCUGGGUUCCCGCCCGCGCUGCCGCCGCCGGGGACGAUGAGAUAAUCAGUUACUCACCGGCUUCAGUACUGGUGUCUCCUCAACGGCAUUUCUGUGUCCACGUCAGGCGUCUCCUUAGCCAGUCUGCAAACCCUUGGAAAUUAAAGAGAGACUCCACCACAUAUAUUCUUUGAAAACCUUUCAUCAUAUGUGUCAAACUCUCUGAAUGAGCACAAGGAUUUGAAGGUGCUAACAAGCAGGGUACAAACAGAAAGGAUAGCCAGUAGGUGAGGAGAGGCCAUGGAAUAUCCACCAACAAGAUAAUCAUCGCUGGAGUCAUUGGGAAGUGUCUGAAUGUAGGCUGCAGCCGUCCUGAAGGUUGAUGGAGGGCCAUGCUAUUCAAACAGCAGGCGUGGCUGAGACAGAAGCUCCUGGUGCUGGGAAGCCUUGCCGUGGGGAGUCUCCUGUAUCUAGUUGCCAGAGUUGGGAGCUUGGAUAGGCUACAGCCCAUUUGCCCUAUUGAAGGCCGAUUCGGUGGAGCCCGCAGUCAGGCGGAAUUCCCACUCCGUGCCCUGCAGUUUAAGCGCGGCCUGCUGCACGAGUUCCGGAAGAGCAACAACGCGUCCAAGGAGCAGGUUCGCCUCCAUGACCUGGUUCAGCAGCUCCCCAAGGCCAUUAUUAUUGGGGUGAGGAAAGGAGGCACAAGAGCCCUGCUUGAAAUGCUGAACCUCCAUCCGGCGGUGGUCAAAGCCUCUCAAGAAAUCCACUUUUUUGAUAAUGAUGAGAAUUAUGCCAAGGGCAUUGAGUGGUAUAGGAAAAAGAUGCCUUUUUCCUAUCCUCAGCAAAUCACAAUUGAAAAGAGCCCAGCAUAUUUCAUCACAGAGGAGGUUCCGGAAAGGAUUUACAAAAUGAACUCAUCCAUCAAGUUGUUGAUCAUUGUCAGGGAGCCAACCACAAGAGCUAUUUCUGAUUACACUCAGGUGCUAGAGGGGAAGGAGAGGAAGAACAAAACUUAUUACAAGUUUGAGAAGCUGGCCAUAGACCCUAAUACCUGCGAAGUGAACACAAAAUACAAGGCAGUAAGAACGAGCAUCUACACCAAACAUCUGGAAAGGUGGUUGAAAUACUUUCCGAUUGAACAAUUUCAUGUCGUCGAUGGAGAUCGCCUCAUCACAGAACCUCUGCCAGAACUUCAGCUCGUGGAGAAGUUCCUAAAUCUCCCUCCAAGGAUAAGUCAGUACAAUUUAUAUUUCAAUGCUACCAGAGGGUUUUACUGCUUGCGAUUUAACAUUAUCUUUAAUAAGUGCCUGGCAGGCAGCAAGGGGCGCAUUCAUCCAGAGGUGGACCCCUCUGUCAUUACCAAAUUGCGCAAAUUCUUUCACCCUUUUAAUCAAAAAUUUUACCAGAUCACUGGAAGGACAUUGAACUGGCCCUAAAAUAAUAUGUUGUACAACACUAUGUGUUGUGCCUGGAGACACACAGUGUCUCCUCUAGAUUAAAAUAUGCACUUUUCUUAGACAUAGCUAUCCAAGUCAUUUUUCCAUGUAUACUUACUUGUACAUACGCAGUGUGUGACCAAAUAUAAGAUCAGUUCUUUUUCUACUGAAAACUUACAAAAAAAAAUUGCUGUCUGCAUAGUUGCAUCUUUUAAGCUAUUUACAAAAAGGAAGAGAUGAUGGUAUUGGGGAAAAGUGACUUCAGCUGUUCUCAAAGAGUUCGUUUUCCUUUGAUUCAGAAUUUGUCACCCGCCAUUUUCAUAGAUUUAAGCCAAAAGAUAAAUGUGUGAAAAUGUACCAAUGGCUGUGAAGCUUCAGGAAGUAGAGGAUCCAGUUAUGCAUUUUUUUUCUAAGGGAAAGCUGGCGUUUUAAUUCAGAUGUUGAAUUGGUGCCAUGACAACAGAAAAUGCUAUUUUCUUAUUAUUUAAAAGAAUGUCUUAUCUCACAAAACUGACAUUGUCCCAAAGUUCCUGUGGUGAUUUUGCACUAUUGUUUUCUUGUAUGAAUCAUGGUGUCACUUGUAGCAUGUCGCUCACACGUUGGAAAGUCAAGUCCUUUUACUUCCAUGUUGUAUGUCAACAGAGAGAAAUGUCAUGUACAUAGUGUAUAUUGUUGUAAAUACUGGUUUCACACUAAGUAAUUCUAUUUUGUAAACUGAAUAUGGCUAUUUAAUUUAUUGUGAAAAUUAAAUUUAUUGUGGUAUUUAAAAAUGGAAUGGAUUAAAAUUACUAUAUGUGCAAUUUUUUUUUCUCAUUUUGUUUUACGUGCCCCCCUGCUGGCUUCCAAAAUGGGAGCUGUUUAUGUGCAUACGAGAGCAUUUGGAAAGAUGCUCUUCUUCAUUGUACCUUUGUGAAAAUGUAUUUACUGAGUGAGGUUGAGUAUAUUAAAAAAAAAAAAAAACUCAGCCAUCUGGAAAUCAAGUGUAACAGCCACCUCAAAGCACCCUAGUGGUGUUCUGCUACAACUUUGUAACAAUUAAUUUACUUGCAGUGGCUCCCGUGCCAGGAGACAGACAAGGAAUACUUUAACAGAAUCAAUGCAUAGAAGAAUCACAAUUUUAUUUGAACCUCUAAUCAGAGUCAGACCAGUAGGGAAAUAUAAAAUAAGAUUAGAAAACUUCCGUGGCCUCUGUACUGAAAGUUGCUGAUGCUUCAAAAAAUGAAUACAAGCUCUCAGAACUCUCUCUUUUAGAUGAAAAUAUAUGUCUUCUCCGAAAUUAUUAAAUUGUAUAGUAUUGUUAUUGCUCACAUAAACAUAUGGCUCAUAUUUCCAUCCAGAGAAAUUAAUGCUAAAUUGAUGUCUCACUAACAUCGGAUACAUUGUAUUAUGCUUAAACAUGAUUCAGAAAAAUAUGGAAAGAAGUAUCAGCAACAACAACCAAAAAAAAAAAGGUGGAUUUUUCAUAAACACAGUUGCUAAUCCAGUGGAAGAUAUUUGAGAGGGUUUUUGUUCAACAUCACAGUGAGAGUGUCUAGAGAAAUCAGCAAAUUACAAUGGAUUCCCCUUUGAUUGUAAUAAGUGUUGAUUUUCUCCAUGAGUUGUUUAUCCUGUCCAGUGAUUUGAUGGUAAACUUUUCUAAAUAAAUAGCCCUUUCCCCUCCAGUGUCGGUA